CUAGUUUUACCUUACAAAUUAAUUCGCGGUAUUUACAAUUUCGCCACGGCGAUGCUGUUCGAGUUGUUCGUUGAUCCGGUAGUCUAAUGGUAUUUGAUGGAACGAUCGCUGUGACUUUGACUGCAAUAAGAAGUCUAAGAUCUACAUUUAUAAGCAAGAAGACAUUGUGAAAAAGGAUGCAAGCAAGAUGCCUAAAGCUCCAAAGUUGUCUCAACAAGAACUUGAUGAUGAAUUUGAGCAGUUUCUCAAGGAGUCUUUCUCUGAUGACUCAACGGACUUUACCAGCAAGCGGAACAGAAGUCCAAGGAGAGGGAAGAAAGAAGAUACCGGUACUCCGUGGUGGAUGAAAGGAGACGAUGACUCCAGCUUGAAGAGUGGAAGAGCAAAGAAGAAGAAUGAUGAAGAACAAUCUACUACACCAAGUAGCAUGAAGUGGUUGAAACCCAAGAAACAGUCCACCCCUCUCAGAGAAGUGCAAGAAGAGGAAGAUGAAGAGGUCUUGAAGCCAAAGAGUAUUUUACAGAAGGGAAAGCGUGUAGAGGAGGAGGAAGAGCCAAAGGAAACCAGUGCAGUUCCAAGGAGACAGAUUAGGAGAGAUAGUCUGGAAGAAGAUAACUUUGAUGAAAAGUUUGAGGAGAGCCAUAAAAGAAGUGGAGUCAUGCCUGAGCAAGCCAGCUUUGAAGAUACAUACAGCCAGUCAGAACCUACUGAUGGUCUGACGACGGCGGAAUCGACAGGACAAGAUCCCUACGGAGGCCAGAGCACUAUGGGCUCCACCGGCCAGGAUCCGUACGGGGGCCAGAGUACCUUUGAAUCCACAGGACCAGGAGCUGAGACCCUGGAGGAGAUAGCUGAUAAGGCAAAGUUCUUCAAGGAGCUGGAAGAGAAAGCCGAGAGGACGGUAGACUACAGCAGACUGAACAGAGAUGCGGAUCUGUCGGGUACAAUGGGUACCAUGGGAACACUCCCAUCAGCUUACAUGGGAUCUCCAGAUGCCACAGGCCCGCAGGUCAAGAAGAUGGGGGAUUUGUUUCCAGCAGACUCUGGAAAAGCAGGUGAUACUCCAGCCAAAAAGUCUUCCCCAAGUGAAAAGGAGCAGCCUCAUGGUGGCAUGCUAGGAAAUGUGGCUUUGCUGGACACGAUGGACUCUAGCCUAAGUCCAGUUAAACCUCACAAGAGAUCACCCCCUGGUGGGGGGCAUGGUGACGCCCCUUCUACCAACCGAGGGGGCUUCCUACAGUCUGGAGCUACAGGGCUAGGGCCUGCAGAUACCAGAGGUCUAAGUACAGGUGGCACGACAGGUGAACUAGAAGCCCUGCAAGCAAUCCUGAGGGAGGCUGCAGCCACGCCCACCCUGCACCUAGGUGAUGAUAUGGAUCAAUCAUUCAACAGAGGAACCAAAGAACGCACUAUAGAGGAUAUACUCAGGGAAGCCAAUGAAGAAAGACAUUUAAACAGUGAUGCUCAAGAUGAGAGUAGAGGUUUCAGUCUAGAGCCUGCAAACUUUCCCUCCAAUGAGGAUCAGGGGCAUAGAGGGUUCGAUCUACAGCCAGCCAAUCAGGAAGCAGGGAUGAUAUCACAUGACAGCGAUGUGAGAGGUACAGACUCUGAUGCGAGAGGGUAUGCAUUGAGUCCUGUCUCUGAAGGUCAGGAGUUCAGAGGAUUCAAUCUGCAGCCUGCCUCCCCUGUGCUGAGAGGCAUGGACCUUCAGCCAGCUAUUGAGGCAGACAUAGAUACUAUCGAUGGUACCCAACCCGUGCCCUCUCAGGCCCGGAAAACGAUCUCCAAGAAGAAGAGUCCAUCUAAACCUAGAGGGCGCUAUUCCAACAUCAGGAGCUCUGGCUACGGGUCGAAGCAGGCUGGUAAGAAGGCUGCUUGGUCACCUGCUGAUGUAGGCAAGCAAAAGGUUAAAGGUUCUGAGAUCCCUACAUUGAAUGGAAGAGAGGAUAAAUCUCAAGGACAUCUUCUAGCUUCUGUGGAAUCUUUUGCCUCUUAUCUUCAUGAUCAGUUUGCUGAUGGGAGGAGAACCACUCCACCUCUAAAGCAAUCAACGGAUGAACCAAUUCUCUCUGCCAGCAUGAGAGAAGCCAAAUUCCACACUCUUUCUCGUGAGAGGGCGCUAGUCGCUGAGGUGAACGAGUGGCAGCAGCAGUGGCAGGAGGAGCGACUUCUCAACGCCAAGAUGAAGGCUGAGAUAGGAGACCUACAGAAGGAGUACGAACGCAAGGAGACGGAACUGAGACUUGAACAUGAAAAGGAGAUGUUCAAACUGAAACAGGAGAAUUUUGUGCUUGUUGCCAAACUGAAUAGCCAGGAUGACCAGGACAAGGUUCGUAGGAGAGAGCUGGUUUCAGGAAAGACACCAGAAGGAGUGAGUCAAGAAGAACAACUCAAAUUGAUGCAGAGAGAGAUCAUCCAACAAGAAACACUGCUCCAAGGAUACCAACAGGAGAAUGAACGUCUGUUUGGUGAGGUCAAGACGUUUCAGGCAGGCAACAAAGAGAACGAGGCAAGGAUGUUCAAAGAGAACCAGAGACUACAAACAGAAGUUGGCAACUUGAGGGAGCUGAUGGAGAUGAAGGAUAGAGCCCUGAGGAACAAAGGUAUCAUCACAGGUGAUAGAAUACAACAGGAGAUAGCAGCAGGGAAUACAGCUGUGUUAGGAGCGGGCAAGAUAGCAGAAUUACAGGCAGACGUCAAAGAACAUGAGGUUUCUGAAGCAUCUCUAAGAGCAGAAUCAAGACGGCUGACCCAAGAAAAGAAGGAACUAGAGAAUCACAUUGAACAGCUUGUGAGAGAGAAGACCAGACAGCAAGAGAGACUCAGUACCAUGAGAGAUGGCAAACAUAUUGAGUUCAAGGACCUCCAGAUGAAGUAUGAGCGUGAGAUGGAGUCCCUCCAGAAGAAGGUGCGAUGGUAUACAGAGAACCAAGAGCUCUUGGACAGGGAUGCGGCAGCUCUUAAGAUGAAAGAUGAUGAAAUAGCAGAGCUCAAAGAACAACUCAAGAAUGGUCCUAAUAAGCUAAACAGCAAGAGCAUGGAGGCCAAGAGAAGAGCAAGAGAAAGAGCAGCUGAUGCUAAGAAGAUACAGGAUCUAGAGAGACAGGUCCGAGAAAUGAACGACGUCAUCAGAAGACGUCACCCCAACUCUCUGCCUGCCCUCAUCUACGCUGCUGCCUCCACCUCGUCUCCACUCCCAGCUGAUGUCAAAGGUCAGAGGUCAGCAGAAGGUCAGCCAAGGUCAAUCACCUUUCUGGAGGAUAAGGUCAAGAGGUUGGAUAGGGAACUGGAAGGGAAGGAGGAGGAAAGUAAAAGAGGGCUCCGAGUGGUUGAGCAGAAGUACAAUGCUAUGAAGGUGAGAUAUGAAGACAGAAUCAACUCUCUAGAAUCACAAGUAGAGCAGUAUGAGACUGGUAGACAACCCCAGUCACGUCCCCACACCAGUGUAACAGCACUGCAGAAGGAGCUGGAUGGUGUCAGAGAAAGGAACAGGAACCAGCUCCAGGAAGUGGAGAAAGAGAACAAGGAUCUGAGGAGGAGACUGGCUAAGGCUAUAUCAUCAGCUAUGAGUGGAGGAGAUGGAGGUGGAAACGAUGGACAGAUAGGCAGAGGAUUGAGUGAGAAGGAACUCCAAGGAAAGCUCUCACAUUUGGCUUUAGAGCUUGGUGCUAAGGACAAGGAGCUGGAGCUACUGAAGGCUACUGUUGAUAGGUUGAUGGAAGAGAGAUUCCAUGCAAUGAAUGCAGCAGAGAGUAAUAAAGGUAAGACCAAGAAGUUGAAGAGACAAGGGAGUAAAUCAGAGUUGGGAGAGGAGCAGGGUGUAGAGACCAAGCCUUAUGUACCAGGGAACUUCACAGGAUCUCAUAUCUCAGAUGUUCUAAUGGAAAAUGAGAGACUUAAACAUCAGCUUGAUGAUGUAUCAUUAGAGAUGGAUCAACAUAGGUUGCGUCUCCAUGCAUCGCUGGCCGAGGCAGAGAGCGCCACCAGACAAGCCAGGGAGAAAGCAGCUGAGGAGAUGGCCUUGAUAAGAUCACACCAUCAGAUGGAGGUUGAGAGGAUGAAAGCUGAGAGAGCGAUGGUGAUGGGAGAUUCUAAGAUGGCGAGGCUCAAUAGUCAGGUUGAGUCACACCAGGUGAUGGUAAGAGAGCUCCAAGACCAGCUGAGUGAAGCUCGUCUGGAGGUAGACCGUCUCCAGGGCUCCAGGGUGAGGGAGCGUGUGAUGGAGACACAGGUGGAGCAACUCAGACAGGAGCUCAGAGAGGCCAAGGAGAACCACUCACCGGAGAUGAAGCAUUUUGAAGCACUGCAAGCCAAGAUAGGAGCACUUGAAAGCAGACAUACCCAACGUGACAAAGACCUGCAUCACCUGGUAGAAAGAGCUACUCACAGCGCUACGGCAGAGAAGGACCACGAGAUCUUGACUCUCAAAGGGCUCCUGGCAUCCAAGAAUAUGGAGAUCCAGAGGUUCCGGGUGGAGCUGGAGGCAAUCCUAGAGGUUCUUAGGGAGCUUCAACGACAGGGAGUAGUUCUACCGUUGGACAGCCAGACGGUUCACUCCAUUUAUGACACGUAUAGAUGAUGUGACUUGACCCAACCAGCUCAAAACCAGAAUAAGGCAAAAGAAAUCGAAGCUGAUCAUUCAAAGGCCUAUGAGAUAACAUAACAUCAUCACAUGAACAUAUCGUGUGUUCAGAGCCAGAAGGACAUUAGCUCUGUGAACCGUCUGGCUGUCCAACGAUAGAACUACUCCCUGUCGUUGACGCUCCCUAUGGACACUCACAUACAAAUAACAUAUCAUCUAUGUGUGUUAUAAAUCGAGUGAACCAUCUGGCUGUCCAACGGUAGAACUACGCCCUGUCGUUGACGCUCCCUUAUAGACACUCACAUACAUAUAAUAUACGGUAUCAUCUAUGUGUGUCAUAAAUGGAGUGAACCGUCUGGCUGUCCAAUGGUAGAACUAUUCCCUGUCAUACAAAUAACAUAUCAUCUAUGUGUGUCAUAAAUCAAGUGAACCGUCUGGCUGUCCAACGGUAGAACUACUCCCUGUCAUUGACGCUCCCUAUGGACACUCACAUACAAAUAACAUAUCAUCUAUGUGUGUCAUAAAUCGAGUGAACCGUCUGGCUGUCCAACGGUAGAACUACUCCCUGUCGUUGACGCUCCCUAUGGACACUCACAUACA